AUGAAAAACCUCUAUUUCAGAGUCAUUACCAUGGUGAUAGGUCUUUAUUCUACUGGAACAAUGGCAAACGCAUCAAGAAAAAGCAAUAUUCUAUUCAAUUCUGAGUGUCAACAGAAUGGUUAUCUUCUGAAAAAUUGUUCUUUUACUAAAAAGCAUGCUGGACAUGGGGACACAUCACAGACAUCAGUUACACUGGAAGCAAGUUUCAAUUUCUUUGAACUUCUCUUAGAGUCUUACCUGAAGAAAGAAGAAUGGAAAAUAAAGCAUCUGGACCUCAGUGACAAUCUCAUACCGAAAAUAACCUUAAGCGCUCUUGCGUGCUUACACGAUUUGGAAAUAGUAAACCUCAGCAAUAAUGCCAUCCACUUAAUUUCACUGGAUCUACCAAGUCGUAAGUCCUCGUGGGUGAAGCACCACAGGUGCAGAAAUGGCCUUCCAUUUCUAAAGGUGCUAAUUCUUCAGAGAAAUAAACUCAGUGACACUCCCAAGGGACUGUGGAAACUGAGGUCAUUACAGAGUUUGGAUCUGUCAUUCAAUGGGAUAUCGCAAAUUGGUUUGAGUGAUUUUUAUAACUGCCUACAACUGGAGAAUCUCUAUUUAAAGAGCAACAAGAUCUUCAGAAUUCACCCAGAAGCCUUCAAGAAUCUCAAAAAAUUACAGGUUGUAGACCUCAGCAGCAAUGCUCUGACCACCGUCCUGCCGAUGAUGGCCAUCGCUCUAGAACUUCCCCACCUGGAGGCUGACUUGGCUGACAACCAAUGGCAGUGUGACGAUAGCAUGGCAAUCUCCCAAGAUUUCAUUUCUGAACCCUGGAGGAAAAAGUGGAAUGAAAUUUGCAACAAGUCUAUAGGGAAUGAGGAGGCAUUCUGGUGGACUCCCAAAAUCAGAGUUUCCAGGAAGACCCACCUCCCUCACAUUCAUCUGAAUCAUAUGAAAAAACUUCUACCAAGCCAAGCAGAGAGGUCCCAGGAAGGAAUAUCCUUGAGCUUUUCCACUUCGGAGAAGAAGGAAUAUGUCAGCUCUGAUACCAACAAGAAGCAGAGACGUCUGCCAAGAUGGGUUAGAAAUGCCCGGGAUGAUCAAGAUCUUGACGAAAACAAAGGCCCUUCCCAGGACCUGACCCUGGCGGUCUGCCUGUCAGUGUUCAUCACGUUCUUCGUGGCUUUCUGCCUGGGAGCCCUGGCAAGGCCUUAUAUUGACAGACUGUGGCAACAAAGAUGCCAGAACAAAAGCCCGGGUUCAAAAAAUACGUAUUCAAAUGAGGGCUUCCACAAUGAAAUUGAAGCUGCGGGGAACAUACAACCCCCAACCACAUUUCUGCACCAAGAUUUUCAUGGUCUAAACCUCUAUGAGAACCAGGACUCUGUCUUGGUGAUGCCAAGGCCACACACUGCUGACGCUUAUGAAAGAGCUCUUAGAAGCAGCAGAAAGGGGGCUGGCAGCCAACAGAGCACCACACAGUGUGGAAACAACACGGGAACAGGAAAUAGAAAUGAUAGCCUGCUUCCAAAUGGCAGCGCAGCCCAUUCCAUUCUCCCCAGACAUCCAAAGGCUGAUGAUAACAAACCAAUUUCAGCAGCGCAGGAUCACAUCUAUAGCAAAGAUAUUCUCGAAGAGUUAAAUUAUGACACUAUACCCCAGGAAGAUUCUCUCGGUGAGCACUCAACGAGUGUCUCUUCAGUAGCUAGCAGAUUACAAACUGUCUCUGGUUCAAUCCAUAAUGAGCCUAAUGAAUUAAACCCAUCGCUCUCAAGAGAAAUGACAGCUCCUGUCUCUAAAAUGCAAAUGCAUACCAAUGCCCAGAGGACUGGAGAGAAUGAGAAAGGAGGGGGCACUGAACAGUUACCUUCAGGAGCUCCAGCCUCUCCGCUGGAAUUUUCUAAGGAAAUGCAAAUGAGCACAUAUAUUAAUUUACUGAGCACACAGCAGCAAAUGCUUAAGGAGAUGAGUCCUGAGGAAGAGCUUUCGGCCUACGACAGCACAGCCACACACAGUGAUCUGGGAGAUGCGGACCCAUCCAUCUUUCCUCCAAGAUGGGGCAGUGAGGUGGAUGUCACUCCUGCCCACAAGGAACCACUGCAGAACUAUGUUCCUUCUGACACUCAGUUUGAGUUGGAGACCAACUACGAUUCUGAUGAAGGGUCUUUAUUUACUCUAAGUUCAGGAAGUUCGGAGGGUACAAGGAAUGUGACUGAAGACGAGACAUAUGGCGAGGAGAGCUAUAGGGAGAAAGAGAACACAGGGGGAAGGACAGACAACGUUAGAUCAGUAGAGAGUCUUGAGGACAACAUCACCUUCCAGAACAUUCUGGGGAAACGUGAGAAUCAAGAAGAUCAUUUUGAAAAGCUCCGCAUUUCUGGUCCAGACUUUGGUUUGUUUGAGACUCAUCAGGAAAUUGCCUCUAACGCCAAUAAACUGGAGGAUCCAUUAACGUUGCCCGAAUCCCUGAGCAACAGUCCUUUAAGUGUGGAGAUUCCAGGCACGUUCAUUUAUGAUUAUGUCAUAGCUCCUGAGUCAGAGGCAAGAGAAUGGCAUUGUUCACUGAGAGACCUAGAAUUUUCAAAUGUGGAUAUUUUACCACAAACACCACCACCUUCUGUUGACAUUCCUUUACAAACUGAUCAGCCUGCCUGCUAUGAAUGAGACUCAGACAUUUGUAAUUAUGAGCCAUUCAUUCAGGGAAUAGACACAGUUCAAAAAGACAGUCCUCUCAAGAUCAUUACAGGGAAAAACUUAAGACCCUCACAACAAGAUUCCAAAGAGCACAACAUGGAAUCCAACCCAAUGGACACUGAGGCAAAUGAGUUUGUAUGUCCACUUGAGGACGAUGAUUUGAGUAAGGUUAUAAGCCAGACACAAUGUUUACAAUCCUAUGGUGAUGAACCUGUUCUGUGUAAGAGAGGAGGGGGUGAAUAUUUUGAAGGCUGUUGCAAGUGCCAGGGACUGUUAUUCCAAGAGCUUCCAAAUAAAACCAGUUCCCCAAGAACACAAGAGCACUUCGGUGAUAGAGAUUGGGGUGAAUAUUCAGAGGACAAUUUGUUGCGGUUAGAAAAAUAUGAUUCUAAUUUUUAUACUCAAAUGCAGACGUGGAGCAAUCAGAUGGGAGUUGGUUCUGUCUGUGAGAAACAACUCUGCUAUGACAAAGGCAACAAUGUUCAACUUGAUAAUCCAAGAUGAUCCAAGUAAUAUUUUUAGUAUAUCAUGAAGUAUUUAGAUGGAAAUGCUGAACAGAUUGUAAUGAAUUCUGCUCAAAGACUAGCACAACUUUUGGAGGUCGAUCACAGAACUGUAAAAUUAAAAGGGUUCAGAGCAAUUCUAAAUAUUUUUAAUAAGUUUUGUUAAAAGAGAGACCCUUUUCUAGAAUUAGCCAUAAAUUAAAAAAUCAAUUUUCCAGAAAAGAAGUGAUGUAUUCUGUAAAAGAAAAAGGUCCUCCGCCAUUAUUCUUGAUUAGCUCUUCCUUGGUGUAACGCUGACCAUUCUGGGCUGUCAUGAGCUGUAUUUUUCUGUUUACUCUCCUAUUUCUAUGGCAUUUUCUCAUUUUUCCCUUCUGACACUCCCCCUCUUAAAGACAGCAUUCUUCAAGGCUCCAUUUCUAGUCUUUCUUCACAUCCUCUUUGUCACUUGCCUUAGACCCCACUGCCUUAACCACGAGCUCCUUAUAGAUGAUGGCAGACCCACAUGACAAAACCUACUCUCCUCCCCAAGCUCCAGCCCCAUGUUCUUAACCCCCAAUUGCCUAAAUCCACAUAGAUCCUCCUGACACCUAAAAUGCAGCAUUUUCUUCCAGGAACACAAUUUCUCAUAUUCUUUUUUGUGGUCAACAGUAUCAUGACAUCCAUCCCAUAAACCCAGUCAAAAUUUCUGCCUGGUCCCCGGCUUUUCUCUUUCAUUUCUCACAUCUGAUUAGCCUCUAAGCCCUGUGUAGUGGAAGUUCCUGGGUAUCUAUACAGGCAAUUUGUGUUAAACCAAUGUUUACAUAGUAAGCACCCUGUUUUUAUUUAGAGUCUAUAUAUUUAUUUAGUGUAGAUUUAUUUAAAUUCAGGGUAGAUUGAGGUAGAGGGUAAAGGAGUUUUGGGGAUGGCCCUAAGAUGUUUCCCCUUUUUGCACUUCCAAGUCCUCCCUAGCUAACUUUUCCUGCCCACGGGCUAUAAGCAUGUUCAAGUCCCUGCAACAUUAAAAUUAAAGAAAACUUCACGGUGUAGCUCCCUCAAAAUUCUACCUCCUUCUUUUCGCUUUCAUCACUAGGCUCCUUAAAGGAAGGGUCAAUGGUUCCCAUCUGAUCUUCAGUGCACUGUGAUGAGGCUUUGUCCCACCAUUCCUUUAACCUGUGCUGGUAGAGGUCAGCAACAAGCUCCAACUGCCACAUACAAUGGCCUCUUUUCAGUCCUUAUCAGGUAAAACCUCUGUGGCAUUUGACACUGUCGGUUACUCUCAUUUUGAAACUAUUCUCUGGCUUUUGUGAAAGUCCUAGCAGAACACAGAUGGCAAGAAACAGGGAUGACCGGAGAGUUUAAUGAAAGAACUAUUUGCAAAGUCUGGGAGGCUUAAGGGAAACUAGCAAGGGGAAGUGAAGAACCUAAGGGCUAGCAACAGGGGAGAGCCUUUACCACCUGUGGGGACAAGGGGAGUUGCAGGUAUGAAAGCUUGGUACCCUUGAGCCACAGAAGAGGUCAUCCACCAGGAGCUGUGUAUGGUCUUUAAUUGAUUCCGACUCAUAGCAACACUAUAGGACAGAGUAGAACUACCCCAUACGGUUUCCAGGGAAUGGCUGAUGGACUUGAACUGCCAACCUUUUGGUUAGCAGCAGAGCUCUUCUCCACUGCACCACCAGGGCUCUGUGGUCUUUGGAGGGGAACAUAUAGCCACUAAACCGUACCUCAUCUGCCUGGCAAAUAUCUAUUCUUCUUUCAAAACACACCUCCUCCAUGAGCUUUUCUCACCUCAUUCCCCCAAGUGAAAUGGGCUGCUUUCUCCACUGUACGGCUUGUAUAUUGUGGAAGGCACAAGGUUUCACAUGGCUUGACUGAGAUCUACUAGAGACUCUUUGGAGCCCUGGUGGUGCAGUGGUUAAAGAGCUCGGCUGCCAACCAAAAGGUCGGCAGUUGAAAUCCAACAGGCGUUCCUUGGAAACCCUGUGGGGCAGUUCUACUCUGUAUAGGGUCUUUAUGAAAAAAAAAAGAGAGAGAGAGAGACUUUAUUGGCCAAUUUCCAAUGUUGGGGGAAAAUCAGUUCAGAGUCGAUGGAGCUGAAAGUCAUGUCAGAGCUUAGAGUUAUUUAAUAAAGUGAAAAUUUACUAUUUAUUUCUACAACUGAGAGAAAAAUAUGUACAAUUUUGACUCUUUUUUGUUUGUUUUUGCCCAGACAUCCAAAGAAACUCCUGGUAGUAUGGCUUAAGCACCACAGGUGCUGCAGUUAAGCAGCUAUAUUUUUCAGCAAGCCCCUGUGUCUUGUAAAAAUAAAAUUUUAAAACCUCUCUUAAAAUGUCUAGCAUUGUUGUCAGUUGCUGUCAAAUUAACUCCAACUCAUGGCGACUCUAUAUACAACACACAAAACAUUGCCCAGUCUUGCGUCAUUCUCACAAUAGCAAGCGUGUUCGAGUCCCUCAUUGAUUGUACCAAUCCAUCUCACCAAGAGUCUCCCUUACCCUCGUUGGCCUUCUACUUCACCAAGCAUGAUGUCCUCCGCUAGUAAUUGAUUGAUCCCUCCUGAUGAAUGUCCAAAGCAAGCCAAGUCAGACCAUGUUCUGUUGUGAUCCAUAAGGCUUUCAUUGGCUAAUCUUCAGUAGUGGAUUGCCAGGCCUUUCUUCCUAGCCUAUCUUAGUCUGGAACCUCCACCGAAACCUGUCUAGAAUGGAUGAUCCUGCUGGUAUUUGAAAUGCCAGUGGCAUAGCUUCCAGCAUCAUAGCAACACACAAGCCACCACAGUGCAACAAACUGACAGAUAAAUUUGCAUAACGUGAGUGAGAUUGGAGGCCUACUGACUGCAGAUUUUCGGACAUCUUACUUUUAGGGUCUGCCCCCAAAGUGCCUCAGACUUCAAAUUAAUUAACAUCCAUAGAUUCUCCUUACCUCAAAUGUUCUGUCUGUUUUAGUCACUUGUUUCGACUACGUCAGAACUUGUCUUAUUUCUCAUUAAGAUAAGCCUUUUUGCA